CUCUCCACUCUCCCUCGCCAAACCGAUUGCAGCCGCAAGAAAGGAUGGAGAUGCCGCGAUGAUACAGCUUCUGCAGCAGAUGCAGAGGGUGAAGCAGAGCAAAGAAAACAGACGCCAGAAAGGCGAGAUUUCAGCGAAAGCCAAAGCCGUGGCCGCUGGGGUCCGAAGGAAUGCGUCCAAGAGAGUGGACGAAGCCAGGGCCGGCCAGAACAAGCUUGCCACCGAGCUCAGGUCCACGUUGGGGUCUCUGCACGCGGCUCUUGAGGAGGAAGACCACCUCGCCUCGGUUCUCAUGGAAGAGCAGGAAAACGCCAUGAAGGAGGCCGUCAACUCCCUCAGCGAGAAGUACGAGGAGGCUGCGAAGGUGCAAGCGCGAGUGAAGCUGCUGGGAGAUUGCAUGCGGCAGCAUUUCCAGGUGGUGCGCAGUCAUAUCGUCGACCAAGUCGGCAGCAAGCUCACAGACACGGAGGAAAUCGUGCACGCCAUACACAUUCAGCCCGACAAGACGCUCAGCUUGAUCAGGAGAGCAGGAGGCUUGUCUUGAGCCGACAGCACCAACAAGCAGCGACCAGUCAUCCACUACGCUACCACCUGUGUAUCCACCUCGACGACUGGAGUACGCGUCUCCUUGCGGUGUCUGGCACGGCAUGGACCAGCAAGACUGUGCCUUACCUGGAUGGAUAGAAAGGAAAAUAUGAACAGCGAAAGGACGGGGGCGUGAUGAUUCAUAGCUGGUGCCAUACCAUCGUCCAUCGUAGCACUGUGAAAAUAUUGAAGUCAAACUCUUUUCCACCAGCGCACCGAAAAACGGCGGGAAUUUCAAGCUGUAGUUAGAGUCGCGACAUGUAUGACAGCACGUU